GUCAUUUCUUUCCGGCAGUUUAAGAUGUAAACAUAAAAUCAAUGAACUGGCGUAUUUUUCUUCCUCCGUAUUUUAGUUCAAAAUCAUUGAUACAAAGGUCCUAAGGAUGGGAUCAGAACAAAGCAGUCAGCCCCCAGCCGGCGCCCCAGGCAGCAGCAUCAAGUCACAGAGAGACGAGGACAUACCAUACACCUCGUAUGCAAUCAGCAAACCUAUCUCUGCAGAUUCCCCAAAGAACUCCCCCCGUAAUCAAGCCAAUCGACAGCGUGCAGCCACGAUGCCCUCCCACCGAGAGAUGCAGACCCGGGAGUACACACCCAAACAUAACAUCGUCGUUGUUGCUGAUGGACAGUCAAUUAUUAAAGAUCCUGAUCCUGAAAUCACAAAACUGAACACGAUCCCUGUGAUCUGGCCCAUACUGAGAGGGUCCUUGAACAUCCCUACGAGUUCCCGUGACAACGAGGUUCAGGAGAAGAUGGACCCCAAGCACCUGCUGGCUCUCUGUCUGCGCUACCAGGACCAUCUCAAGCAGAUGGCCGAGUCCGUAGCCUUUGAUCAGAAUGCACUCUGUAUUCGUAUCAAAGAGAUUGACUUAAUCAUACAGAAAUUGAUGCAGAGCAUGUCUGAAAAGCAAAGGAAAUACGCAAAAUAUGCCGACCAAUUCCAACGCACAUCAGAAACCGUGCUUGUUCUAAAUCGUAUUAAAGACACCAUGAAUGAUAUCAUGCCCAGAAUGGAACAGUUGAACAAACUUUUGCCACCUGAGGAACAGUUAGAACCAUUUCAAAUGAAAGAACCACCCAGAGCAUCAUAGGAUCAUUCUGUUGUUGUUUUUUAUAUGAACAGCUCUCUGGGAAAACAGGGCUUAAUGCAUUUGAGGAAAGUGUAGUCUGCACAGGCUAAUCAGUGACAAACCCUCUGCAGAGAGACUGGAUUUUUGUUAAAAUUAUUUUCUUUUAACAAAAGAUUCCAUCAAGUGAAAGUGUCGUCCCUGAUCAGCCUGUGCAGAUUGCACAUGCUAAUCUGGGACAACACUUUACACAGAUACAUUAAUCUCCAUUUUCCAAGAGUGAUGUUUAUAUAAGUUGUUGAUAUAAUGUUGUUGGUGUUUUUAUCAAUGUUGUGAUAGUGUUUAAUGUACUGUUUGUUGUUGUUUAGACAUUCCUUUGUGCCAGGGGCUGUAUUCCAGAAUCAUGUUAUGUGAAAUCUACACCUUAAAAUCAUCAUGUUCCUGCAUUUUAUUAUUUGGAUGAAGGUAAAGUGUUUCAUUUGAGGCUGAAAAACAGAUGACCAUGAGGGUUGCAGAGAGCUCAAAUGAGCCUGUCUAUGGGAAAAAGGGGCUUAAUGCAUGAGCAUAAAGUAUCCUUCCAGAUAAGCCUGUGUUGACUGCACAGGAUUAUUUAGGACCAUACUUCUCUUCUAGAAUGGAUUUUCAAUUAAAAGUUGCCUAAAUGUUUAAAUGUUUCAGAUAUAGCAUGAUGUAUUUUAUCUAAAUCCAACUAUCCCUUUAUAUUCUAUUUAUCAUAUUAUAAUGUCCUGAUCAAUCAUGUUAAUUUAUAUAUUUUAAAAAGUAUUCCUUAUGGAAUACCUUACAAUAUUGUAAAACAUUUUUUGUACCGAUUUUAUUUUUUAUGAAAUGUUGGAGAUAUAUAGCAUUUGUACAGAUUUCAAAACAAUCAGUGGAAAAUGUGAAAAAAAAUCCUUUUAACUUGUGUCUGUAUGCAUAACCUUGAUUAAUCGACAAAUGCUAUGAAAAACACCUCAGCAAGUGUGGUCACAUUUAAUAUAUGUCAACCAACUCAUUUUUAUACAUGGUUGAUCAGCAUGGUUGUCGCACUUUCAUAGGAUUAACUCUUUCAGUGCGGGAACCGAAUUUUUAAGGCCUUUGCAAACAGUUUGGAUCCAGAUGAGACGCCACAGAACGUGGCGUCUCAUCAGGAUCCAAACUGUUUGCUAUUAUGAUAGAAUUCUUUGAAUAUAAAUCGAAGAAAAUGCGAAUUUUAUGAAUUCAGCAGACGACAUUUAAGCAGACGACAAAUUUCCCAGCAUGCAAAGGGUUAAGACAAAUGAACUUUGCCAUGUCUUUCCAUUCCUCUGUAUAAUACGUCUAUGUUGGACACUUAAUGCAAAGUCAAGGCUUGGUAUCUUUGAAUACUUCAAAAGUAAAAUGUCGAACUGA